AUGACAUUCGCCGCCUAUGUCAUUGGGAGAGAUGAUGCACCGGGGAUUGUUGUGCUUCACGUAUGGUGGGGUGUUGAUUUUGAGAUCAAGAAUCAUGCCCAAAAGAUUGCCCGGUUCGAUAAGGGUUACAAAGCAUUGAUACCAGACUUGUACAGGGGGAAGGUUGGUCUAGGUGCUGCUGAAGCUCAACACUUGAUGGAUGGUCUUGACUGGAAAGGUGCGGUGAAGGAUAUUGAAACCUACCCACCUGUGUCGGUUUCGGGUACAGGUGUCAACUGGCUCAAGGAAAAAGGUUCUAAGAAGGUUGGUGUUACUGGGUUUAGCAUGGGUAGUGCCCUAGCUAUUGCAAGUUCUGUAUUGGUCCCGGGGGUUGAUGUUGUGGCAUCAUUUUAUGGAGUGCCUUCGCCUGAGCUUGCGGACGUCACCGAAGCUAAGGCACCCGUGCAGGCUCACUUUGGUCAACGUGAUACCUUUGCUGGUUUUUUGGAUGUUGAGAGAGUCGGGCACGCCUUCAUGAACAGGUCCCCUGAAGGGAUUGAGAGAAUGAAAAGGAUGGGAAUAAAUGAUGAAAAUGCUGAAGCACCAGACAAGAUCUGUAGCAGCCGUAGCCGUAGCUGUAUCGCCGCGAACAAAGUAGAUCUUGGCCGUUUUCUCGGAGGCCUUUAUGUCGUCGGCUCUCUCCGGAAUUUAAUCUCCCCUUCGCACCGCCACGCCACGCCUCCGCCCGCUGCAUUCGACCCUGGAGAUCAAACCGCCUAA